GUUUCCGGCCCCGGGGUCUGUGUAACGGCCUCACUUCUCGGAUGGCCUCAGUUCAGUUCGCGUAACCAGUUCGAGUAGUAAGCUACAAACCAGCUCUCUUACUCCCUCGAUCGUUCUUCGGGAAUGAGACGUUCUCUCUGUUGCUCAUGGUGAGCUCUCUCAGUUAUGAACUCUUUGGAUUCCCAUUUGCGCUCGUGUUUUGAUAGAUGCAUUCGGAAGUGAUAAGGAUUUUGGGAUAGUAAGUAAGUAAGUAAAUUGUACAUCUAUCUUUGAGGAGCUUUAAUUAUCAUUGUGAUACACCACAAUUUGCAAAUAUGUUGCUGAAAUUAAUGACUCUGUGGUGCGCAGUGAGCGCCGUUUUAGUAUUUUGUGAUGAUCACGUAGAACAUGCUGUCGUUGAGAAGGAUAAUAGUGGAGACAAUAUGAGUUUACCUUCUGAUGUUGGAGUAGUAUCGGACACUGAAAUUCAUUCGAAAAAUGACAGUGAUCUAUCGGCGACGACAGUUGGUGCGACCUCUUCCGAGUUACCUAUUGAUGCUACUGUAUCAACGACCAUCUCUUCGAAGGAUUUGGAAGAUACUGAAACCAAAAGCCCGACGACUGUUUCUAAUCCCCCUAUAGCAUCUACCACUUAUAAACUUGAUCCCAAGAAAGAUACUAAAAAGAAAAAUAAGAUGGCUUUCAAGAAAAAAGAUAAAAACUACGAAGACGAAGUGGUUGUGGAAACUACAGAUAAAUCUGAGGAAACUACCCCUACCGUUAAAACUACCACUUUCGUGGAAACUACUACUUUCGCGGACUUCGUGGAAACUACUACCCCUUCUGUUGAAAUUACCUCUACUACUGAUGAAACGCACGAAACGGUUCAAGAUAUGCAUACUACGAUACCACCCGUUACCCACACUGAAUCAGUAGAUGAUGCUGCACUAGAAACAACGACAAUUAUGCAUGCACAACCGGAUAUGUUGCAUAUGGAUAUGAAAGAAGAGAUGGUAUCUACCCCACAAGAGGAUAUUUUAACUAAAGAUAUGUCUGACAGUGUUGUAGAGACAAAAUCAGCAGAAACUACAACAAUGCAAGAUCACCAGUUUGAAACAACAACGAAUCUUCACGAAGGAACAAUGGAAGAAGAAGCAAAAACAACGUCUCCUUCGGUUGAAACUGACAUGUCGGUGAAUAAUGAAACAACAUUAAGUCCUCGUGUUACAGACAUAACAACAACGCCCGGCGAUUUAAUUGUGACGGAAAACAACAAUCGUGAUGCGACAACAAUUAAGACUGAAACAAUUGAUGUUUCUAAGGUAAAAGUUAAAAAAUUAAGAGAAGAUGACAGUAGCGAUGUUCAAAAUAUCUCCAAUUUGACAACAGAACAAGAAGACGAACUUAAUGGUCUGGGCAAUGAUCUAGAUGACAAACAGAGAGAGGUGACGACAUUUUCGGCCACGAUGAAUGAAGAUCAGGAGAUCACUACCACGAUACCCCUCAGUGUACGCAAACAGAAACAAAUGGACCUUGGAAAUGCGGAAGAGUCGUGCCCCUGUAACGAACCUAAGAUUACUUUUGACCCGUCGAAAUGUGCCGGCGAGAGGACAACUCCUGAUCCUAACUGUCCUUGCCGCAGCGUGUGUGCUAGGCAAAGCGGAGAGUCCUGCUCUCCAGGUGAACCUUGCGACGAAGAAUUCGGUUUGCAAUGUAAUCUUCAAAAUAACACCUGCCAUGGUCAGCUGUCUGUCGAAGUUUUUGAUAUCACACAUAAUUCUGCAAAAGUGCGUUGGAGUGUUGCUGAUCCAGAGCUUCAGCCUCAGGCUUUAGUUUCUUACGCUGCUGCAUAUAGAGGAGCUUAUACUCAAUGGAUUAAAGUUAAUGAUGUAAAACCUGUUAUAUAUUUGGACAAUCUUUUGACUGGCAAAAACUAUUAUUUAAAAGUUGAGGAAGAUGGUAAACAAGAAAUAUCAACUUUUAAAACAAAAGAAAAUCCUGCUGCAAAUAUGCCAAAAAUUUUGGUUAAGCAACGUAGCCAAACCACCUUGACCGUAGUGUGGGAUGAUUUUCGCCUCCCAAGUUAUCAUUCAGAAUAUAUAUUAGAAUACAGACCAGCUGAAGAAAGUAAUAUGAACUGGACAAAAGUGCAGGCUGGCACUCAGACUAUUGUGACAGUUACCCAUUUGAAGCCCAAUACUCCAUAUCAAGUGAAAGUAGCUGUUUGGGAAGAUGACAGAUUAGAAUUGCCAUCUGAAGUAAUCACGGCAUAUACAUCAGAUGGCUGUGUGAUAGACAACAGGAUGUACAAUGUUGGAGAAGAAUUUUUUGUUGAAUGUGACUAUAGAUGUGUUUGCAAUGAAAAUAAUGAAACUGACUGUUCACCUCGUUGUAAUCCACCCUAUGUAAGAUAUGGAUCUAUCCUUGAUCCCCUGUGCUAUGAAAAACAAAUCCCUUCAGAUCCAUGCUGUGUGAUCAUUGCGUGUGAAUUAUCAGUACGAGAUCCUGGAGGAAGAGUAAAUAAAUCUGGAGACUGUCCUGAAAAUCUUUUUAAGAAUAUUGAAGAUUCUGAAUCUGAUGCCUGUAUGUCUGAUUGUGAUCAGGAUGAAGAUUGUGCAGGCCCUCAGAAAUGUUGUCCUAGCUCUUGUGGUGGAGCAGUUUGUGUUAUGCCAUUUUAUUGUGAAAACGUUCAUUGUGGGCCUAAUGCUAGAUGCAUAGAUGCAAAAAUGCCUUGUGUUUGUAAUGAAGGCUAUGAAGGCGAUCCUAAUGAUCAUGUAAAUGGAUGUCUUUUAAGUGAGUUUCAAUUUAGUAAUUCAUUUCAUAAACGGGCACCUUUUGAAUUAGAUCUCACUUCACAUACAGAACAUGGCAAAGAUUCUAAACAUGAUGUAGCUUUGAAUAAUGAUGAAGCAAAACUGAAUGUAAGCUCGGAAAUGCCCAAUGAGGAGGAAAAUUUUCAUUUUAAAAGACCACAGGACAUGGAUACUGAAAUGCCUAAACCUGAAUCUAUGCCUCAAGCUGUUGGAAAUGAUACAGAUUCAGUUAUGAAAAAUGAAAAAUCAGACCAGCCCACAAUUUUUGGUGGUUGUGAGUAUAACAACAUCACCUAUGAACAAGGUGCCAAAUUUGAAGAUGGAUGUGAUGCUCGCUGUACAUGUGAGGGACAAGGUCAUGUGUCUUGUGUACCACGUUGUACAGUGUUAUCAUCUGGUGGUCCAGCCUGCAGAGAAGUUCCUGAUCCUGAUGACUUAUGUUGUAAAAUUAUGGUUUGCAGUUUUCCUGGAAGUUCAGAAGCUGAGGAAAUAGAUGACUUACCUCUGAAAAUCUUAUCUGCUUUGGCCCAAAAUGGAAGUUCUAUUCGUGUACGUUUGGGACUUUCGACUCAUAAAAUGCCUACAAUGGUUGGAAGAGAUUCAUUGGAAGUUUGGUAUCGAGAAUCAUCUGAUAGUGACAAUGAUUUAUCACAGUGGAAUAAGAAACUGAUAUCACCAAAUGAGCUCACAGAAGUGCAGAGAGGGGUUUUUGAAUUUGACAUUAAUAAUCUGAUGCCACAAACAGAUUAUUAUAUUAAAGUUGCAAAAGAAAGUCAAGGAUCUACAGAUUUAAAUAUGGCUGAUUUCAGUAAUACAGUGAAUGUAAAGACUUUUCCUGCUGCUGUGAAAACUGUACUUCAAGGAUGUUUCCAUCAUAAUCAGUCAUAUAGCUUGGGUGAAAUAUUUUACCAAGGAUGUGAUCAUAAGUGCAUAUGCAGAGAAAAAGGAUACAUUGAAUGCCAGGAACGAUGUGAAGUUUAUAUUGACACAGUUGGUUAUGAAGGAUGCGAUUGGAUUCCAUCUGCAGAAGAUCCAUGUUGUACCAUUCCAAUGUGUAAUCGUCGAAAAAUACCUGUCCUCCCAGAUGGUCCAACUUCUUUACCAGAAACUUCUGAGGAUAUAUGUGUUCUUGACUCCAAAGAUAUUUUAAAAGUUGAUGAAAUAUGGGAAACAUCUGAUGGGUGUAAAACUACGAUAUGUCGAUGCACACGUCUUGCCAAUGGAAGUACAAGCAUUCAGUGUACGAGUGCAUGCCCUCCUUUACCAUUUAAUGCUCAUAUUCCUACUGCAUUCUGUGCUCAUCCAGUUUUAAUAAAACCAGAUGGUCCUUGCAAAUGCCCUUAUGUUGUAUGCAAUGAUCCUCCACGAGGAUUCUUACAACCUCCUCGACCGCAAUGUGAAUACAAAAAUCAAAGAUAUAAUAUGGGAGAGGAAUUUUAUGAUGGCUGCAUUGCUCACUGUCGCUGUGGUCAGGACCUGAGAGUAAAUUGUGCUCCAAUUCAGUGUCCAGUUAAUUAUGGUACAGAAUAUAAACACUGUAUGGAGUGGGAUAUUGAUCCUGACUUUUUCCCUUCUCCACCCAAUUGCUGUGCUCCUUCAAAAUGUGUAAAUGAUGGUGCCUGUAUGGUCAGUGGUCAACGAUUUGAAAAUUUUGAUGUUAUUCCUGCUGAACUUUUGCCUUGUGGAGCUCAUUGUAUUUGUGUCAAUGGAAAUGUGACAUGUGAAAACAGAUGCCCUCCUAUUGAAGAUGUACCUCCAGUUAAUCUUCCAUGUUCUCCAAAUUUUGCUUUUAAAGGCCAUCCUGAUGGUGAAACUUGUUGUUUAGAAUGGAUGUGUAAAGAACCCUUAAAACAAGCCUUUUGUAUGUUUCAAGGCUCUAGAUAUUUAUUAUCAGAGCAGUGGGAAGUACAUAAAGGUACUCAGCAGAGAUUAUGCACCUGCUUUUUAAAUGCUAUGGGCCUUCCUGAGGUGGAAUGUAGGAAAGGAUGCCCUCAGAUCCCAGACAGAUUUCUUUCACCCACUGAACAGUGUCUUCAUCCUGUUAUUGUAAGACCAGAUGAUCCACAAAUGUGUCCCUAUGUUGUAUGCAACAAUACAAUUUCAGGUCAAGAAUUGUAUAAUGUAAACAUUGUUGCCCUCAAUUCAACUGCAGUUCGUGUACGAUUUUCAUUAUCUAAUAUCCUCGUUGGUUUGAUUGGCCAUGCUGAGCUUCAUUUUACUACUGACCCAACUCUUCCACCUAACCAAUGGCAUGUGCAAAAAUUCUCCAGGCCUAACCGCUUGUUUGAUAGUCCAAAUAUUGAAUACAUUUUGAAUGCUCUUAGACCAAACACUACUUACUUUUUGCAAGUUAAAAUCAUAAUGGAUACAUUACAACGUAGGCCUGAAAGUGAAGUUUUCAAGUUAAAGAUGCCAGAAGAAGUGAUUGUUACAACUACUACUACAACAACCACUACUACAGCUCCUCCAGUAAUGAUUCUUGAUGCAAAAUUGGAGGCGCAUGUAAUUGAUGUCAAAACUGUCAGGAUUUCUUGGAGGAAUUUUGAACCUCAAGAAAAGAAAUAUAUUUAUGCUUUGCAGUUAAAGUACAAAUUACAGAACGAGGCAGAGGACAAAUGGAUCACAACACCUAUGAUUCAUAAAGACGUCACUUCAUAUUUCCUACAUGAUCUUGAAGCAUCAGCAGACUAUGUUGUAGACAUAAUAUUUACUCCUCCCAAAGAUAUACCGACUAAAAUUGUUUCUUCUAAAGAUUUGGAGUUCCGAACCAUGACAAAAAAGAAAGAUGAUUAUCAUUUACAAGUCUCAGUUGAAGAUAAUAAAAUUGAAGCUGACAAGUCAGCUUUCUUGUUUGCUGGUAUUCCUGAGCCAAUCACAAAAUAUGUUCACGUCAUUAAAAUUAUGUAUAAAACUGCUGAUGGAGAACAAUCAUAUAGUUUCAAAGUGCCAAAAAACAACCAUAUAACUCUAGAUCAUUUGAAGCCAGGAAAGAAGUAUCUUGCUCAAUUAGAAUUAUACUUAACCAAUGGGCAAACAUUAACUUCGAAUGAGGUUGAAUUUAUUACAAAACCUGCCAAAACACAAGCUAAUAUUUCAUCAUCUGAAAACACUAUUAGUGAUGAUAGUCAUACUAAUGGAAAACAAGCAGAGCUUUUGCAAAGCAAAGAGGGUGGAGAAGAGGAGAAUCAUGCUUAUUUUAUAGCAUUAGUAGUAGUUGCAGUAGUCGCAGCAGUUGCUGGUUUUGGAUUUGUUUUACUGUUAGUAUUAUUAGUAAGGAGGCAGGCCUCUGCUAAAGCUCCUAUAUCUAGAACUCCUUCAGAGUCUGCAUAUGAUAAUCCUACAUACAAAACAUAUGAUGGUGAAAGGCCUGAGGAUAAGACUAAUGGACAAAUUCAAACAACUCAAGCGUAGCCAUUACUGACCUUUAGGACUUUAUUUAAUAACCAUUCUCUAAUACGAAUAAAAGAGUGAAGCAGCUUGCAGCUUGCAUUAGUGAAUAUGUGAACUCUUGUGGAACAUCACAAAUGUGCUUUUGAAUGAGAGGUAGUCAGAUUUUACUGCCACUAAAAAUGUGCAAAAGACUCUCUAAACUGCAUGUUUAUAACAACAUCUGUAAUCUGGAUCAUCAUAGAAAGAAAUAAUUGAUUUAUUUCUACCUAUUGGAAUGGUAAUAGUUUUGUUUACCAUUUGUAAUUUCACUCUAUUCUGAGAAGUUACUUGCAGUGUAUUUAGAAAUAAACAUAAAAAUGCAUUGAGACUGCAAUACUGUGCAGUUACCUUGUGGUUAUUAACAUUAAAAAUAUUUUAGAUGUUUGGUAUGUAAUAUACAGUGUCAUAAAAUCUAUUCAUUCCAGUUUUUAGAUUUUGAGUUGCUAAUAUUUCAAGAUUUAAAAUGUCUGCAAAGGUAAUUAAAAAAUUCAGAGUUCAGCAGAAAAAAGUAAAGUAAAAUAUAAAAGUUCCACUUCUUUUAAGUAUAAGUUAUGAUUUGAGGUAUUUAAAAAUUAUGUGAUUGAUUUGAAUGUAUAUAUUUAACAUAUAUGUUCUAGCAGUUAUUUUGUUCAGUUUAAAAUUUAAAAUGUUGAUCUAAAUUAGUUUUUUAAAUAAAUAAUAUAUCUUUACAUAACUUUCUCUUACUUUAUGCUAAAGAGAAAGAUUUUUAUUGUGAUAUUUUGCUCAAAAAACAUGUAAUUAUCAGAGUACAGAAAAUUAUUCUACAGUUAUACUUUUUUUUUUGAACAAUUAGUAAAACUGGAAAGUUAUGUGGUGAUCAAAUGUUUAUUUAAUUUUUGUUUGUUAGGUGUAUUGUUUGAACAUUCAAAUGUUUUAUCAUUAUGUCAAUAUUCUAUAUACGAGUUUAUUUCCCAGAAUGACUCAUUUGACAUCUAUUUCUAAAUUUUGAUAUUAUUGCUGUGCUUUUUAAAAAUCCGUUAUAGUUAGUUUCUAAUAUAACUAAAAUAAUGUAUUUUUAAAUUUCUUUGUAAUGUAAAAAAAAGUUUACUAUAUUGCAAAUUUUUAUGUUUAAAAUAAGGGGUUCCGAAUGAAAAUGAAAGCCUUUCUAUGUAUUAGUUUUGCUAGAAAACUCACUGAGCUGAAUUGAUUUUUAUAUCUGGCAACAUAUAUUAUCAAAACUGUAUCUUUAGUCUUUAAACUGAGAUAACAGCAGAUAUAAUUAAAUCAAUAUAAAUUAUGGAAUUAUGUUUUGUAACAAAAUUGCAAUAUUGUUAUUUUUUUUUUUUUUUUUUGGCAACAAUUUACUUCUUGCCAAAUGAUAUGUAUUUUGCUACACAUAUUUUAAAACUAAAUCGAGGAUGUUUUGCUGAAGGAUUUGCUAUAUUUAUUCCAUAGAAUUUAAAAUAAAAUAUGUUGCAAACUUCUGCUUUAUUUAAGUUAUAGCAUUUAAUAUAUAGUAUAAAUUUCAAAGUAUUUAAAAAUUUUGUACACAUAUGCAUUUUGAAUUUUGAGUAAUAGUACAUAAAUGAUAUUUGUAGUAUGCAUAUGUGCAGUUUUUAAUAAAUUAAUAGUUGUACUUUGUAACUUGUUUGAAAGUUAUUGUCUUAUUUUCAAAAUAACUUUAUACUUUACAUUAGUCAAAGUGUGAAAAAUACAUAUAUUGUUUUAAAUUUUGUUAUAUACUGUACAGUAAGAGAUUUAUAUUUUUAUAUCUAUUUUAUAAUUAGCACUAUUUUACUUGAAGUCUCUGUAAAGCACUUUUUGUAAUAAGACAGAUUAUAUCAGUUGAUUGCUGAAAACUUGUACAUAUUAAAGUAUUGUAAGGAUGAAGAUUUAUGUAUUUAAACUGGUCAUUUUCUGACCUGUUGUAAAAAUAAACACUUAAUUAUUGACUAACCUUU